CGCUGGGUGGCGCUGCCGGAAUUAAGUGACGCUACACUUCCGCCGCCGCCGCAGCGUGUGUUCUUCCGGACACGUGGUUACUGAUUGUACCGGCGCAUCACAAAGAAGGCGCGAUCCGGCAGAGAACGAGUUUUUUUUAGUGGAGAAUUAAAUACAGAUGUGUGAUGGAGACCUGUGAGCCAGAAAGCACAGAGGAAGCCCAGGGAGCUAUAGAGGUGAAUAUGGAGUAUUUACUGCAGCUGAAGGAACUUGAUAUCCCAGAAGAAGAAGCAAAAAAGGCCCUUAUUGUGACCGGAAACAUCUCGGCAGAAGAAGCGGCAAUAUUUUAUUUUGAGAACCUGGAGAGGAUGAAUGAGGAAGUGGAAGACGAAGAGAAUUAUCACAAAAUGGUAUUUGUAGUGAAUAUGGAGUUGCCAAUGGGCGUGGGAAAGCUCUUCUUUUCUCAGAUUGCAGCACAAGUGGCGCAUGCAGCUGUUGGCUUGUAUCAGAUUCUAAUCAAGGAAUCCAAGACAAGAGAGAUGGCCUACAAGUGGGAUAAUUAUGGUGCAAAGAAGGUUGUACUUCAGGGAUCUAGUACGGCUCAUUUAUUGGAACUGCAGGCAUUGGCCUUAAGCAUGAAUUUACCCAAUUACUUGGUGCAGGAUGCUGGCAGAACCCAGAUUGCAGCCGGAUCCUACACCGUCCUUUCCAUUAUGGGCGAAGAAGAAAGCGUUAACAAGGUCACCGGGAAACUGAAGCUGCUGAACUGAGAAGAGCAGAGCGAUGAAUGUGGGUGUGGUCGCCACUUAUCGAUUGUGACGUCAUUGAGAGGAGCUCUGGCGACAUGUUUCCAAACACUUCCCCAAAAAAUCACCUCCAUGUUAAGAGGGAGGGCGUGAGCAAACUUGAAUAGUCAGCUCCUGAGCAACAUGUUGAGCACAACCUUGUCAUGUCAUUAUUCAUUAUUGGGAACCUUAAAAACUGCAAAGGUGUUAGCAAGAAAACAGCCACGUUGCUGAGAGUGGUCAAUGGAGAAUUUCAGUCUGGAAUCUUCUGAAAAAAGUAUGUUUUUAAUCCCUAAUCUCCUCAAUCAUGGUUGAAGCAAAGGGAUAUCCUACAGAUAACGCCUGGCUUGGAACCAAUUAUUUGUUGCACAGAAAAAGCCACACAGUAGUGUUCAAAGCUGAGUUUUUUUGUGCUUGUGACUAUUAGUCAUUGUUCUAUAAAAUGACAUUAUUAUUAUUACCUGCUUAAAA